GUGGGUAAGGGCGUUGUGUGUAGUAGGGAGGGUGUGUUAUGGAGGAUAUGUUUUUCAUGGAAAAUGAAAUAUAGUAUGCAAAUUGGUGAAAUAAAUAAAUAAAUAAAGUGACAAAUAUAUUUAUGCAUAAUGCGUGCCAUCAGGUUGCGAAGUUAUUCUUAAGAACUGUAUGCAAGCAAAAAUGGAAACGGAAAUAAAAGCGAAAAUUGUUGCUUCUGACAAACAAUGUUUUAGUGAAAAUGCCAUUCACGAGCAGAUACUGCACAUUAAGGACAAGGAAAAUGGUAUCGUGCUGUGUGCUCCUUCUGCUGAAAGUGACUUGUGCCAAGAAAACAGAAAUAAUGCAAAACAUGUGACUAAUUUUCACCAGAAUAAUGUUGAAAGAUGUGACAGUAAUAAUAAAAUUGUUGGCAGUGAAGAGACGUGCAAGGUUGAAAUGUCGCCACCAUCAGAAAUUUGCAGCAUUCCUAUCCCACUUUCAGAAACAGUUAAAUUACAUCCUUCCGACAAGACAAGUACAACAACUGAAAGUCUUAGUCAGAGUGAACAAAGUUUAGAUUUUGAUGCUGUGCGGGAUACUACAGGGGCUCAUAAACUGAAAUCUAGAAAGCAUGUCAAUAUCUGCACAGAGAGCGAGGACCAAGAGGAAGAUGGAAUCAAUAAUUUUGAGACUAUGGCCCUUCGAGGUUCUGAGACAUCAGAAUCUGUAGCAGAUCAUUCAGCAGUGAGCAACAGCACUGAUGGAUGCCUUACAGUUACUGGAACCAUUAAACGUGGCAAGAAGGCAGGUCAGUGCGUGGAUAUUAGACUGAAUAUGUCUCGUGAAGAGCUUGAGCAUCUUGAAGCAAAUAUAACUGCAAAAAAAUCCAGUUCCAGUUCAGCUUCAACUUGGUUAUCAUGUGGUAUUAAGAGUGGUCCCCAUAUAAUGGUAAUAACUGCCCUUAUUUUACCUCUUGUAAGUCUUGUGUCGGGUGCGUAUUCAUUUUACAUUGGGACAAUUACUUGGUACAACAUUUUUACAUAUUAUACUGAAGAAAAGCCUACAUUCUGUAGGGUACUUGUCUCUCCCAUUCUCAUUUUAUUGUAUCCUUUUCUUAUAGUUAUUUUUACUCUUGGUCUUGGCAUUUAUGCAGGUUUUGUUCAGCUGUCAUGGUUUUAUGAUAGCUGGUAUAAGGAAAUAACAGAUCUAGAGAAAGGGUUUUAUGGCUGGUUGUGUGCUGUACUGAGGCACGAGGAAUGCUCUCCAUAUGAAGUUGUAAUCUUAACAGACAUUCAGGGAACAGGCAGAGUGGAACCUAUUGAAAGAUCAUCAUCUGGAGAUCUAUCAGGUUAAGGACAGACUUUAUAAUCUUCAAUAUGUUUGACUGUAUAUAAAAAUUUAUCUGGUUUAAAUUACAUCAUGUGAGCUGGAUAUGAAAAGGC